AUGGCAGACCAAGUUGGCACAUUCUCUUGCCUAGCUGAGGGUCAAGGCGGAACGUUUCGCUUCGAUCCUCGUAUUUCACCACCUCACAUCGGCACCGCUGAACUCAAGACAUCGGUCGGCGUCUACUUCCCCCUUGCCGACAACCGCUGCUUCGUAGUACACAUCUACGUUACCUCGAAGGGCGACCCCAAUCCCGAAACUGGACUGACCCGCGCCUUCACUGCCGCCGAGAACCAGGCCGUGAGAACGCUGAUCUCAGGAAGAUUCACUAAGCAUGCAAGCGCCAACGAAUGGACACCACAAGACGUCUUCGACAGCAUCCAAGGCGGCAAGAGAUCAUACGUGAUGUGUCCGAUCUAUUCUCGCCCCGUCGAGAGUCCCGGUCUCCCGAGCACGGCAGUCGUCAAAGGCAUCGAGGACUUUCUGGGGCCGGGCAGUCGUCUGGUUAGAUACAUCAACAACGACCGUGUGCAGGGCUUUGCGGUGGAGAUUCAGACGGGAAUUAUCAAGACGAUCGAGCAGAAGUGGGAGGACAAGGGAGGGGAGCGUGUGAGAGUCAAUGAUCUGCCGAAGGGGUUUUCGUCGGUUAGGGCGCUGGGAGCAAGGCAGGAUUGGUAUUUCAAUGUUGAGACGGAGUGA